AUGGUGCGCUCCGCCCGCCCGGGCGCGGGACGCGGGGCACCGGGAGUGCGGGGCACGGAGCCGGCCCGAGAGGCGGCGAGCCCGGAGUCUGGACCUCCGAGCCCGGAGCGGGGCAGUGCCAGCUCCUCUGAUGAGGAGAUCCUCACAGCCCAGUAUAGGAUCCUGAGGACCAUAGGCCAUGGCAGCUACGGCCAGGUGAAACUGGCCUACCACCGCCGGGUGGCGAUCAAGCUGUUUCAAGUGAUCGAAACAGUGGACAAUGUAUAUAUCAUCAUGGAACAUGCCAGUAGGAGGCAGCUCCUGCAGCAUAUCCGACAGGCCGGUCGCCUGCCCGAGGAUGAGGCCCACGGCUUGUUCAAGCAGAUCGUGUGUGCAGUCAAAUACUGCCAUGACAAUGGCAUCAUACACAGAGACCUGAAAGCCAACAACAUCCUGCUGGAUGCCCAACGCGACAUUAGGGUCAGUGACUUUGGCCUUGGCACCAGGUUCUUGACUGGGCAGGAACUGACAGAGAGGUGUGGUGCUUCAGGAUAUCAGGCACCUGAAUUUCUGGGCCAAAAAUAUGAUGGCCCCAAGAAGGACGUCUGGAGCCUAGGUGUCCUCUUAUACUGCAUGGUCACGGGUACCUUACCAUUUAAAGGGGGUAUCCUUGUGCAGUUGCGGCAGCAAGUCCUGAACAAAAGUCCUAGCCAGAGGCCCUCACUAGAGCACAUAAUGGGGCACCCAUGGCUCCAAGGUGAUGAAGGAUCACCGAGUCCUGCUGCUGCUGAGACUCUGCCAAAACACCCAGACCCUGCAAUCCUGGCAGCCAUGUCUAACCUGGGAUAUAGGCCACAUGAGAUCCGGGAAUCUCUACUAAACAGCACAUUCAAUGAGGUGAUCGCCACAUACCUCACGAUGCUGAGACAGCAGACUUAA